CUCACCUAGAGGGGACCAUCCAAAGCCGGCUCUUCGUCAAGGAAAGUCGGUCAGUGGGUUCCCAAGUCGGCAGUUGUGCGUUGAAAGCGGACCGGAGAGGUUUUGAUUUCACGUUGUAAUAAGCCAGUGUCGUUACACUGUUGUGUAUAAACGCUGCACCAGGUGUACAAGACUUUAUUCUAGUGAUUGUGCUGUAGAUUGUAUAGGAUUAUAUUUUACAAGUUUAUAUAUUUUAUGUUUAAAAGAUGAUUAUUCGCUGGAAAUUAAUUUUUGGACUACUGUUAUUAACAUUAUCUUUAGCCUUAGCUAAAAAAGAUUACAUUACAAAAUUAGAAAAUUCGAAAUGUCCCAUGUUAACCGAAUGCCCUUUUAAAGCUAAACAAUGCACAGCAGAUGACGAUUGUUCAGCAGACAGUAUUUGUUGUAAAAGCCCUUGUGGAAAAGUGUGCACCAAACAACUCUUUACAGGUUGUCAGACAUUGCGCAUGGCCGCCUCCAGACGUGCAAAAUCUUUGGGGGAGGAAACGAAAAGUGUCCGCAUGCCCAGAUGCAACAAAGUUGGAGGUUUCGAGCCUGUUCAGUGCGAUAACGAAAUUGUAAGCUCGUGCUGGUGCGUGGACGAAACGGGAUUCGAACUUGCAGGAACACGGGCUCCUGCUGCCGCACUCGUCAACUGCACAGCUCCAAAACCAUGCGCAGAUCACACGUGCCGAAUGUUUUGUCCCCAUGGUUUCGCUUUGACAAAAGACGGUUGUCCCACGUGUCGUUGCCGGGACCCUUGCGACGAUGUCAGAUGUCCCAACGCGCUGGAAUGUCAUUUGGAAGAACUGGCUUGCGCAGAUCCACCAUGUCCCCCAAUACCAACAUGUAAAAGAGGAAGGAGCCUUGACAACAUUUGUCCUGUGGGAGAUCCUUUAAGAAUAAGUGAUACUGUACGACCAUUUUUAUGUGGUACUGACCCCACGAAACCACAGUGCCCUCCGAUGUACCAAUGCUUAGUACAAAAAGGAAAUGAUUAUGGCGUGUGUUGUCCCGCCUCGUUAAAGAUACAAAAAACAGGAACAUGUCCAGCUAUAAUCGAGGAAAAUUUUGAGUGCGGAAAUAUGUGUACUCAUGAUUUGGAGUGUCCUUCGGUGCAGAAGUGUUGCAGGACCGAUCAGUGCGGUUCGUCGUGUAUGCAUCCCAAAAACGUGACAGAAUGUUUUCAUCAAAAGGCUCUAUCUGAAAUUUUGACAAUUAGUGAAAGAGCUGGUCGUGGUUACGUACCACAAUGUUCAAGUGAUGGUCAAUUUGAACCAAAACAGUGCAGCAGAAAUGGGUUGGUUUGUUGGUGCGUGGAUAGGAUGGGCAGAAAAUUGAAAGGAUCUAUGGGACCUUCAGAAAACGUCAACUGUUCCAUUACAGAUGCUCGUGUCCAGUCUUCUGGAAGAUCUUUGGACAAAAACGGAAAAGAAUGCGAACAGCUCGAAUGUGCGGCAGUUUGCGAAUAUGGUUUCAAACUAGACGAAGAUGGUUGUCAUUCUUGUAAAUGUGACGACCCCUGCGAUGGUUACAUGUGCCCUGAAGACGAAGAAUGCGUUAAUGUCAAAGAAUCUACUUGCACCGAUUUCUUGUGUCCAUCUCUACCAGUCUGUCGUCCAAAGGCAAUUUACGCGAACCCCUGCGAGCAAGGUACGCCCCUGACCGACGAUUUGAGCGGUGCUCCAGUGGCGUGCGCUCUAAGAACUGAAGACGGGACGAUUUGCCCGAAUAAUUAUGAAUGCACGGCAGUGGCGGGUUCUACGCAGGCAGUGUGUUGUCAGAAAAACGAAGAGCUCGAAGCUGAAGCCUCCGAAGCUUCCGAGGAUUAUGAAAAUGGUGAUAUGAGACCGCAAUCAAUGUGCGAAUACUUGCAUGAUUUCGGUGAGAGCAUGGAGGGUACCAGAGAAGGCAUGCGCCUAGCCAUACCCCCUCCAGAAUGCGAUCAAGAAGGCAACUAUCUAUCAACCCAAUGCUCUAACGGUCAAUGUUGGUGCGUUGAUAGCUUCGGCACGGAAAUACCUAAAACAAAAGCUUCUCAAAACAGCACUAAAAACUGCGAAGAUCUCAGAAAGAGCAAGGAGUGUUUAGAUCUCACUUGCAGAAUGGGGUGCGAAUAUGGUUUUAUUUUGAGCGAUGAGACAGGGUGUCCCCUUUGUCAAUGCAGAGAUCCCUGCAGUGGGGUGGAGUGCAAAAUUGAUGAGCAAUGUCAGUUGGUAGAGGUAAGCUGCAAGGAUCAUUAUUGCCCCCCUGUACCAGCAUGUCUUCCAAAAAAAGUCGGCCAAUGUCCAUAUUUAGUCCCAGCAAGCACCACCACAUGUGAUUUCGAAUGCAACUCAGAUUUAGCUUGCAAUGGAACCCAGAGAUGUUGCUCCAAUGGAUGCGGUACCCAAUGUACAGAGCCCCUUCUCCUAACAGCGUGCCAACAUCAAAGGAAUUUAGCCCAACACCAAGCUCACGAGUCUGGUAUACCAGCAAACAAAGUGUACAUGCCCAAGUGUCAAGCUGAUGGGUCAUAUGAAGCAAAACAAUGCAACUCAGGUACAGGCGAAUGCUGGUGUGUCGAUAUAAGCGGUUUUGAAGUAUCACAAACAAGAAGCAAAUUCAACGAACCACUCUCUUGUGAUUCUCUUUCAAAAUCAAACAAGUGUCCUCAAUUGGAAUGCGAUGAAGAUUGCGAACAUGGCUAUGAGAUGGAUGAAGAUAAUUGCAGAACUUGCGAUUGUGUAGAUCCAUGUUCGAAAAUAUCCUGUAGAGGAGAAGGCGAAACUUGUAGAUUAGUUACUGUGGAAUGUACAAGUUAUCCUUGCCCCUCUGUACCUAUGUGUUUGCCUAAGAAGGAGAACCCAUGUCAAAGCGGAGAACCACUAGGUUUUAACGAAGAACUAGUUACAUGCGGCCCAGACUUCGAAUCCUGCCCAACUUCGCACAAAUGCCAACUUUCUCCAGUGGGCGAAUACGCAGUUUGUUGUCCAAAACCUAGAGACGUGUGUUUCGAAUCUUUGGACAAAGGAAAAUGCGUGGAUCCAGAGGAAAACACCAACGUUACCAGGUUCUACUUCAACUCGAGAACCAAUAAAUGCGAGCCAUUCAUUUUCAGCGGAUGCCAAGGAAACCACAAUAAUUUCCAGAGCGAAUUCAUGUGCAACACGGUUUGUCCAGUUUUGAGUCAAUGCGAACGACUUCGUGAAAAAAAUCAACGUGUAGCCGAGCGAUAUAAAAAACCAACGUUUUCGCCACGUUGUGAAUCAUCUACUGGUACCUGGCAACCUGUGCAAUGCUUAGAACAUGUUGGGGUUUGUUGGUGCGUCACCCCGCAAGGAGAACCACUUAAAGGAACCCUUACUAGAGGUGCAGAACCUGAAUGUAACUUCAGACAAGCUCGUACCAGAGCAUCGAACAGAAACGACUUUGUCAGCGAAGCCGACUUGGUUCUUGAAGAAUUGAUGAUGCAAAUCGGUUCUUUCGAUGACGCUGAUGAACCUGAAGACCUCAAAAAUGAAGAUGAAGAAUUGAAGGAGGCGAUAGCGUGGGAGUACACUUCUACUACGAGGUGUAAAGCUUUGGGAGGUCAGUGUGAUGAUUCUGGAAAGUUUUUGCCCACGCAAUGCGAGGAUGAUACUUGUUGGUGUGUGGAUGAAGCUGGCAACCAGCUGCCACAAACCAGUACUUUUACUAGAGGCGAAAGAACUUGUUCCACAACUCCUGUGGAAAGCGUAGAGGUAACUCUGGGCUUUAGAGGAGAGUUUGAUGAUAUUUCAGCAAGUCCUGUAGUGAACAAAAUCAUAAAAAUUGUAAAAAAUCUUAAUGGAAAUAUCCACCAAAAUGGUCUUAAAACAGAUAUUGAUUCUGACGCUCUAUACGUAAAAUUUUCACUUAUUGGCAGUAACAAAGUUGAUGUGGCAUACAAUGUAGAACAAAUGAUUAUGCAACAAAUUUUGCCAGGCCUUACAGCCGAUAUUACAAGGUCCAGAGUUCUACAUAAAUUAUUCUCAAUUGACACAGCACAAGAACAAUUUAUCGCUCUAGAACAUAGAGAAAUAGUUUCUCAAUCGCCAGUUUCCGUAGUAGCUCCGUAUCAUACAGCUUUAAUAGUUAUAGCUGCAGCUUCAGCUUUCGUCAUAUGCGUUUUAACUCUCCUGGUUAUCCUCUACAAAAGAAAGAUGAAUCAUUUAAACAACAAACAAAUCAUCGAGGAUAACCGAUUUUUGUCGAAUAACAGACCGAUUUACAUAGAAUUGCCCAAUGAGAAGUACAGUACAAUCAAACCUGAUAUAAGGCAGAAAUAGAUUUUUAUUCUUAAGUUGUAACUUGUAAAAAUUAGUUUUGUAUACAAUAUCAGAAGCCAGCUGAAUAAAUCUAUGCUCGAAUCUAUGUAUUUUAUAUAUUUUUUUGUGAUUUGUAAGACUAAGUUUAGGUAUUUUUUAUAUUUUGGACAGUUUUAUUCAUUUGGC